AUGGGUAUAGCAGGAAAGUUCAUUCAACAGCUUGUUGUGUUUGACAUUUGUGUAACGCUGAUUCUAAAUUAUGGCAUUGUGUUCAGUUCCGGAGUUGGUGAUGGGAAAAUCAAAUGCCUCGAGAAGGAGAAAGAAGCUCUUCUCAGUUUCAAACGGGAGUUGUUGGACGUCCAUGGACGACUUUCUUCUUGCGGAAAUGAAGGAUUUAAUCAAGAUUGUUGCACACAGCGAGGUGUCCGUUGUGAUAAUCAAAUUGGUAAUGUCAUCGGACUUGACCUCAGUCGCCCCUUUGGAGCCUUUGCAAAUUAUGCAGUUGAGCCAUUGGUUGGAGGCAUACCAGAAUUUGUUAGUUCUCUGAGUCAGUUGGAGUACUUAAACUUAUCUUGUAUUGGUAGUGAUUUUACAAAAAUUCCUCCUCAUAUUGGCAACCUUUCCAAUUUAAACACCCUUGAUUUGAGCUAUAAUGAUUACCUAUUUGUGAAUAACCUCAAGUGGCUUUUUCAUCUGCGUCAAUUGAGAUGUCUUGCCAUUAAUUGGGCUGAUCUAAAUGGUGUUAUACUAGAUGCGUUAGGGAACAUGUUAUCCCUAGCUCGUCUAAAUCUUUCUAUCAAUUAUUUCCAAGGUCCCAUUCCUGAUGUUUUAUGGAAUAUGAAAUCCCUGCAACACCUUGAUCUGUCUGGCAAUGCAUGCGGAAGUGGUUUUUCCAGCUGCUUCGGGAAAAUUAGUAAUUUGAAGUCGUUGCGAGUAUCUUUUUGUAGCUUGGAUGUACAGCUAUCUCAGAUAAUGAAAAACUUGUCAUGCAUGACAGAUUCUCUAGAAUACCUGAACCUAGAAAGGAAUCAUAUUGGCGGUUCAUUGCCUGAUGUUCUAGCAAACUUUUCACCUCAUUCAUCUAACCCUUUGGAAUUUGGGGGAACAUUCCUAGUUGGUUCUAGGACCAGCUGCCUGAAUUUUGAUUCCUUAGGAUACCUUGACCUGUCAGAUAACUUGUUAUAUGAAGAGCUUCCCAGUUGUUGGACACUUAGAAGUCUAACACAUCUCAAUUUAGCCAAUAAUAAUUUUUCGAGGAAGAUACCUAAUGCUAUGAGAUCAUUGGAGAUGUUGGAAAUGCUGCACCUAUGA